AUGGGGAUAUCAUUGCCACGUUAUGGGGAUGAGCUAGUAAAAUUAAAACUGGAAAAACCAGAUUCCCUAAGAGACGUAUUGUUGGGUGGUGUGGUUAAGGCGGACCAGGCAGUGACGAUGUUUAGAGUCAACAUGGCGUAUGACAGCGCAGAGAGUGCGGUUGAAGGUGGAGUUGGCAUGGGAAAAGAGUUGGUAAAAAAGAAGUUGGAUGGUGAAGUGUAUGCGGAAAUACGCAAGUCUAUGUGUCCUGUGUUGUGUAGAUUGCUGGGUUUUGAGACUUUGAGUUCCACAUAUGUGCUAAAGCCACGACUUUAUGAUUUUUAA